AAAACAUGACACAAGCCUUCAAUCAUCUCCACUUUUUAUUAUUUCUUUAUCAACUUUGUAUUAUUUACAAGUAAGCCCGGUGGAUUAAUAUGUCGUAAUACUGGCCUGGUCUAAAAACAAUUCAAUAGACCCAUAAUAAAACAAAACAAUAGGCCCAUUACCUCAUAAAUCUUCUUCCAUCUUUGCGCCGUUCAAACUUCAAAUCGGCGGCGAGAAAUUCAGAUCAUACUUCCUCGAUCCGUUACCGUAAAGCAAUCCCCAGUGCUUCUCCACGGCGUUUCCAGUUUUCUGGUCUUCAUCGAACAGAGCAAAGAUAUACACCGGAACUUUAUUCCAUCUUCUUCUCAGAUGCUCAACGAGCCGUUGGUUAAAAACCCUAGCGUUCUCCAAAUUAGCAGCUGUUUCACCCGGAUCUCCCCUCGUCGGCCACCCAAUCUCCGAUACAACCACCGGAAUUUCAGGUAACCCUAAGGAUUUCACGGCGGAGUCAACAGAAUCCAGCAUUAUGUCGAACAGAUUGGUGUAUGCAACUCCAGUGUACGGAUCUAUGUAUCUCCGGCGUCUGGGGCUGUUCAUCGGCUGAAACAGAGCAAAAUCCAGAGGAAUCGAAGGGAAUGAUUGUUUAUAAGCGAGGUAAGGGUAAACGUUCACCAUGAGAGGUGAAUUUGUUCUUUGUAGAAACCUUAUGAGUGGUUCCAAAACCGAAUCACCGAUCGAUUGAUGGAAAACAGCAGUCGAAGGAGGGAAUCUUCUGGAAAGAAUCGCGAGAGAAUGCGUUGUGGAGACUUUGAUCUUCUUGUGUAAUCUGUAUCUCUUGAUUGCUUUGUGAACGUUGACCAUAGCUGAGACUAGGUGGUUGGAGAAUUGCGGGAGUAAGGAGACUUCGUUUCCGACGGAGAUUGCUGUGAUGAUUGUGUUCUUGUGGUAAGGUAAGAUGAAGUUUCUGAUGAUUGAUUCAGCUUCGGAGAGAUUGGUGGCUAGAGAUGGGAUCUUGUCGUUGGGGAUACAGAGGGAGAGAGUGAUUCCAGUGUUGGCGAAAGAUUUGGUGAUUCUUGGAUCCAAGUCAAAGGUUUUGACAUGUUUGAUGGAGAGAGAGUUGACUAGCGAUGGUAUUGCUUCUGGUGGUGGUAGGUUUGAGCCGUAACGACCAUAGUUGAUUCCGAUCACUGGACCUGGAAAAACAAACAAAAAAAAGUCAUUGAGAGUUAAAAAGAUUCGAUGUUCUCGUGAAUCACACAAUGGAAUCGAAGAUUACUACUAUCUUCAAGAUUGGAGCUGUAUUCUCCGUAGUUGAUUCCGAUUUGUGGACCUGGAAAACGAACGAGAAAGUGAAGGAAAAUGAGAGAAAAAGAAUCAAUUUUUUCUCGGGAAAAGUAUAACAGAAUCACCAGAUUAUUUACCUACAAGCGAUGGAAUCGUGGAGCAAGAAGCCAUUGAGAUGGAAAAAACCAAGAGAAUCCAGAAAGCGUUUUGCAUCGUCGUCAUCAGGAUCAUCUUCAUCUUCUCUCGACUGUGUUGAGUGAUUUUGGUGGGAAGAGGAAAACUUCACAUCAACUAUAUAAACGAUAUUUAUCGUAAUUACAUUAACACCCAUCUAAGUUGGUGAAUAGAGGUUAGACAAACAGGGGCAAAUACGUUACUUCGAACCAAUUGGGGAGAGAGGGGUAAAUAAGUCAUUUCGUUUAACCAAGUAAACCGACUAUAGUGGGUACAAAUAUUAAACCAACACAAAUCUAAUUUUUUCUUUUUCGGUUUUCUUUUUAUAUCGUCUUCUUCGGAAAUUAGAAAGGAGAAGAAAAUCUGAAUUUCUGAUUGCCGGCGAUGGAAGGAAGAGAUGACGGCGGAGGGAAAGUUAUUGGGUUGAUAGAGAAAGCGACGAAAUCAACUGCUCAAGAGGUUGACCCGAGGCUUCUCAAGGCGAUCAAAUCCAUUGUUCGCUAUUCUGAUUCGGAGGUCCGACUUAGUUCGCAAACCCUAAUGGAGCUCAUGAGACAUAACCACUCUCAGGUUCGAUAUCUGACGCUUUUCAUAAUCGACGAGCUAUUCAUGAGAUCAAAGCUCUUUAGAACUUUGAUAAUUGAGAAUCUUGAUCAGCUUUUGAGUUUAAGUAUUGGGUUUAGAAGCAAUCUGCCUCUUCCUGCACCACCUGCUGUUGCCACUACGUUGCGUUCAAAGGCUAUUGAGUUCUUGGAGAAGUGGAAUUUGUCUUUUGGGUUUCAUUACAAGGAGCUUAGACUUGGGUUUGAUUACCUUAAGAAUACCCUCAAGUUAAAGUUCCCUGAUUUACAGGCUAAUGCUGCACGGAUUCAACGAGAGAGACAGGAGAGGGAGAUGAAGACAAAAGAGAUUUUGCGGAACAAGUUUGAUUCCUUGAGAGUUAGUUUUGGACUCUUCAAGUAUGAGAUUGAGGUAACGAUAAAGGAAAUCAAGGAGUGUAUGGAAAUUGUUCAGUGGAGAGGGGAUGAUGGUGUUCCACUUGCGAUCUUAGAUGAGGAAGAUUUUGAGGAGAUCCGUUGUUCUCAUCUGAGGCAAAUUCGUCUUGAUUCACUGAAACAAUCAGAAAAGGUUGAAGAAACUGGUGAAAACAGAAUUGUAUUUGAUGUGUUGAGGGAACAGUGCAAGCUUCUAGUGACAAAGCAUCUGAUCUCGGUUCAAGAAGGGAUCUCUCUUCUCAUUAGGGUUGACGUAAGUGAUAACAGAACGAGAGAUUCCAUGUUGAAGGACUUGAUUGAUAUCAGGAAUAACAUAUUGGCAGCUAAAAAGAAAUGGGAAGAAGCUGGUUUUACAAUGUCAAGAAUGACUGAUAUUCACGGUAAUGAAGAAACAAACGAGGAAGAAGAAGAUAUCUGGGAGGAGGAUGAUGGCAAGGUUAAAACUGAUUCAGUCAAGAACGUGGCUCAUGUGAUGAGAACUCAGCAGAGUGAGAAUUCAUCUUUACCAUCAUCAGGUGAAGCAAAGAAGUCUACAUCAGAAGCUAGGUCCAAUAAAGUGUCGAACACUAAAAAAGUUGGAAGCAGUGGAAACUCUCUUAGAGACAAGCUAAUUUCUGAAGCGCCUGUGAUGAAUUGGGGAUCACAGUUGACUAAUUGGGAAUCAACUACGGAAGUUCGAGCUAAUUACCGGGGUUUAGAGAUCGAGAGCCACUGGGGCAGGGUGGAUCAAGAUGCUAUAAUUCCAGCAGAUAAAAUAGCAGAAUUGAAUCUUCAGGCAACCGUGUAUAGAGAAGAGAGAACAGAGACACCUCCAUGCCGUGCUUCUCUAAAGAAAGGUGGUCUUUGCCAGAGAAGAGAUCUCAGAGUCUGUCCGUUUCACGGACCCAUUGUACCCCGGGAUGAUGAAGGAAACACCAUAAUCCAGGAAUCUCCAUUAGAUGAGAGUGAAAACCAAACUUCUUCAACUUCAGGGACCAACCAGGAUGUGUCUAUGGAUGAAACAACUUCAGAUUCUGAUCCUAAUCAGUUAGCUAGGCAAAUAGCGAAAGAGGCUCUGAAGAAUAUCCGGGAGAAAGACAAAGAAGUGGUGAGGAAAAGAGCAAAGCUUGUUAAGGUUAAGGUUAAGGAACACAAUCAUGAAGUUCUGCGUGGUGCGGCAAUAGCCUCAACUUCUAGAUCGAAUGCUAUGGAUGAUGAGUUUGAUAGAGUUUUUGCUGAAAAGAAAAACAAGAAGCAAACCUUUUCCACAAGGCGUAAGAAAACAACGGCUAAAGAUAGAAUAUCCCAGAGACUGUUUAGUAAUCGAGUAAAAGGUACUAAUCCACAGCAGUUGGCUCAGGGCAAUGAUGAAAAGUGCCGGGAUACAUCGGCUAACCAGUGGUAACAAAUAACUAAAAUCUUUCUAGUUUUGAUCCAGUAGUGCCUUAAAUUUGAUUGUUUGAUGCAAAUAGGAGUAAAAAGCUAAAGAAUAUUUGAUGAAUGAAUAAUCAGAUCCGCUUGUGAUCUCUUGUAGCUGUGAAAACAGUUCUUAAGUCAAGUCCCAGAUUCUUUGAAGCUUUAUAUUUUUCUCAGACAAAAGUCACAAAACCCAACAGAAAGAUAAUAGUACAAUUGACAUGUUCUGUUAAAAAGCAACGACAGAUCAUUGAAGCUGGAUGGAUCGUUGUUGUUCGCUUUUUUCUUUUUCUUUUAUGUGGUGUGUUUAAGGAUGAUAUCACUCAUGAGACCGAUCACUGAUGAGAAG